AGUUAAUCAUCUGGAGUCAAACCCCCUAUUAAUCCGCAUAGCUUAUUAUAGAGAGUGAAAUGAACACAAGUCCAUGCCCAACAAAUGAACGCCAGAGCACUGUCCAAUACCGUUCCCAAAAUUAUUCCUCAAACAAUCCGACGAUCUCUAAGCUGGAACUUCAAUUCUUCAAGCUCGCAGAUUUCCAACAAACCAGCCUCAUUUUUUGCUACCGAUCUCCUGAAAUCUUACUUCAGAAAGGGCCUCGUCAGAGAAGCAUGUACACUGUUCGACGAAAUGCCUCACAAAGAUGUUGUUACUUGGACGGCCAUGAUAUCCGGGUACACUUCUUGCGGCCUCUACCAUCGGGGAUGGUCUGUUUUCUAUUCGAUGAUGCGAGAUGUUAGCGUCCAACCAAACGAGUUCACGUUUUCGAGCGCUUUGAAGGCCUGCAAAGGAAUGAAGGCACUUUCUUGUGGCAGUUUAGUUCAUGGUCUGGUAAUCAAGCACGGGGUUCAUGGAAGCUUGUACGUUGCUAAUGCACUCUUGGAUGUCUAUUCUACCCUGUCCACGGCUAUGGAUGACGCAUGUGCGGUGUUUAGUGAAAUCCGUGAGAAAAAUGAUGUGUCGUGGACAACAAUGAUUGCUGGAUACACUCACAGGGGAGAUGGCUAUUUUGGCCUUCAAACUUUUAAGCAAAUGAUAUUGGAGGGGGUUGAACCAAAUGCCUUUACCUUUUCAAUAGCCAUAAGUGCUAGCACUUCAAUCAGCCCAUGUUCAUGCGGAAAACAUCUCCACGCUGUGGUAAUCAAACAUGGGUUUGAUUCUAACGUGCCUGUUAUGAACUCCAUUCUGGACAUGUAUUGCAGGGGAAAAGACUUAGACGAAGCGAACCAAUGUUUUAAUGAGAUGCCAUAUCCUGAUAUAAUCAGCUGGAAUACUUUAAUUGCUGGGUAUGAAAAAUCUGAUCCGAUGCAGUCUAUCAGCUUGUAUUUGUGCUUGGAAUCAGAAGCCCCAAGCCCCAAUGACUUCACAUUUUCCAGCGUUGUAGCUGCUGCUGCAAAUUUGGCAGCUCUAAGUUGCGGCGAACAAGUGCAUGGGAAGAUAAUACAAAGAGGCCUUGUAUGGAAUCUGGAAAUAGACAACGCUUUGAUAGACAUGUAUGCAAAAUGUGGGAAUGUUACGAGUUCGCGUAAAGUAUUCGACGAAAUACCGGUUAAAAAUCUGGUUUCAUGGACUUCAAUGAUGAUUGGGUAUGGAAGAAACGGAUAUGGUACAGAGUCCAUUCAACUGUUUGAUGAGAUGGUUAGUUCUAAUGUUACGCCAGAUCGUAUAGCUUUCAUGGCAGUUUUACACGCAUGUAGCCAUGCUGGAUUUGUGGAUGAAGGUUUGAAGUAUUUUAAGUCAAUGGUUGACCGUUACAAUAUUGUCUCGGACCAGGAAACCUAUGGGUGUGUUGUCGACUUGCUCGGGCGUGCUGGAAGAGUUAGGGAGGCCUAUGAACUGAUAGAGAGAAUGCCAUUUGCAGCCAAUGAGUCGGUUUGGGGAGCAUAUCUUGGAGCAUGUCUCUCUCAUAAGCUUCCAGAUUUUGGCACCAUGACAGCAAAGGAAGUGCUUGGUUUGAACCCAAAAGUUGCAGGGACUUAUGUGAUGCUCUCAAAGCUUCAUGCAGCUAAUGGUGAGUGGAGAGAUUAUGUGAAAAUGAGGAAUAUGAUUACCAACUCGUCGAAUAAGAAAGAAGCCGGAAGAAGUUGGGUUGAGGUUAGGAAUGAAGCGUAUGAUUCUGUUGCCGGAGAAAACUGAUAAGUUCAAUGUACAAUGUGGAGACCGUAAGAUCAUGCGAUUGUGAAUGGCGCCCGUUAGACUUUCUGUAUCGUUUUUUGUACUCGGUAUGAAGUUUUGGAUAGUGAAUGCAUCAAGGCUCUAAUAAAAACAAUCUAUUUUU